AUGCCAGCUCUCGGAGGGGGGUCCUUGAUUGCCUUGACGGCUCUGGGCCCAGUCUUGCUCAAAACGUCCUUGCCUGUCGGGGGAGCAGCAGCCGCCGGUACCUUAACCGCAUCUGCUCCGGUUUCAUUGGCCGCGGGUGCUGCAGGGACAGCUGUCGCUGGGGGCGGUAAGGUAGCCGGUGCAGCGUUGCUGUCGAAGGGCGCUGUCACUGCUCUUAAGGGAUCUGGAAGCUUUCUUUCAAAGGCUACAGGAGCAGCGGUUUCCGCUCCUCCAUCGAGUCUCGCUGCGACAACAGGGGAAGCAGCACACAUCGCAUCUCACAGCGCUCACUUCGCCCAUGUGGCAGCGAAAACUACGGGAAGCGGGGGACUGGCAGGUGCAGCAGGAGCAGGAGCAAUUCCCGCUCAUCCAGUCGGGAGUUCACUGCAUCCUCAUGCCGCUCCGGUGUCUCACCACCCUGCAGGCACGAUGGCCCACGGCACUUCUUCGGCGCACCACGCCCACGCAGACGCCUCUCGUUACAGAACUGGAACUACUGGCAAUCGAGAGGUCGGACCGGGAGGGCAAGGACAGACUCGUCCUCCACAUGCGCAUGGGCAGGUGCGAAAUAAUGGAGGGCAUUUGCAUGGGAAUAGCAGGCACGUUCUCCGUCACCGUCCCACACAAACGUCCACCGACGGCAACGGGAAGCAUGGAAACGGCGCACCUACCCCAACUGGCAGCCUGGGAACGGGGGAGUCAAUGGCUGUAGACCCGACGGCAGGGGCAGAAGUCGCGCCGUCAGCUGGAAGCAGGGAAGUGUCAAUGAUCACCACUAUUGCCGGUCUCGCGCUCUUGCGGUGGGCCGUGGGUCAGGUGUGCUGCGCAGGUCGCCGAAAGCAAAGUGACGAGGCUGGCGGUGUAGGGUUGAAGCAGGGUAAUCGCAAAGGGAUUGCAAAACGAAUUGCUCGGUGGAGCCGCGAAGAAGAGGUCGUCGUUGUUCUCAAGGACGAGGACCACGUGGCGGGCCCGGGGAUUUCGGAUGACCGUAGCAAACAACUGGCUCUUGUAUCGGUCGCUGAGACGACGGGGCACCGGCCAGCAAUGAAUGUACACGUGGGAGACAAGGUAAACAAGGCGCUCUGCAACUACAAGGCGUUAAGGAACGAGGACGCAGGGAACGAUAGCGAAGAGGGAAAAGAAUCAGUGGAUGGAAUCAUUUCCCAUCUGGAGAGUGAGACGACUGCAUCAGCUGGGGGGGAAGAUGACACGGAGAAAGACCGCCAAAGCAGUGGGCAUGAAGAUGGGAUGCUUGGUCCACAAGAAAUCCCUCGAACGCACGAGCGCUCUGCCACUGCACAGAGGUUUACCUACGUCCGCCGCCGACGGAGCGGCCGGACGGCCAAUUUUCUGUAA